ACUUUUCGUCGGAAGGUACCCCCGAAUCAGAUUAAUUUUUUCAGGUUUGUCAGUGAGAGUGGUAGCUCUAUGGAUAAUCCCUUAUUUGGUUACGCAAAGUGUGAAGCGAAUAUUCCUCAAAUUCGAGUAAGCGAAAUCCAUUCUCAUGUGGCCAUCCACGGAAACAAAAUUUUAAUGAACUAUGAAAUAGCUUCAGUAAAAGAAAUCGAAUCCGACUUGCCACCAUUGGAAAGAGGGAGAUCUAUUGGUGAACUCGGCUUCACUGUACUCGCCCUUGUUUCGAAACGCAAAAGCUUGGAUGUUCAAAAUAAAUCCGUUCAUGCUCCUUUUUCUUACCCAGGCUCUCGUGGGGAAUUUCAUCCUCGUGGGGCUAUGUUCCGCCAAAGAAGUGCUGCUUUGCUAACACCUGUUUCUCGCACACCAAAUAGUCCUGUGUUUGGUGAGUUGUUUUUUUUUUGA